AUGACAGAUUAUAUCCUCCCAAAAGAAACUCUUCCACUCAGCAUAAUAUCCAGUUGUAUCUAUCUAUCUAUCAGUCUGUUCAUAUCUAUCUCAGUUUGCUCAUAUCUAUCUAUCUAUCUAUCUAUCUAUCUAUCUAUCUAUAUAUAUAUAUAUAUAUAUAUAUAUCUAUCUAUCAGUCUGUUCAUAUCUAUCUCAGUUUGCUCAUAUCUAUCUAUCUAUCUAUCUAUCUAUCUAUCUAUCUAUCUAUCUAUCUAUUUAUCUAUCUAUCUAUCUAUCCGUUCAUUUCUAUCUCAGUCUGUUCAUAUCUAUCUCAGUCUGCUCAUAUCUAUCUAUCUAUCUAUCUAUCUAUCUAUCUAUCUAUCUAUCUAUCUAUCUAUGUCUGUUGAUAUCUAUCUCAGUCUGUUGAUUAUCUAUCGAUCUAUCUAUCUAUCUAUCUAUUUCUGUUUUUGGCCAACACCUCAUCAAAAGAGUCGGUGGCGACAAGCAAAAUGUUAA